GUCUCUCUGUCUCUCUCUCCCUGUCUGUCUGUCUGUCUGUCUGUCUCUCUCCUGAAGGCAGAGGGAGCGCUGGCUUGUUGUCUGGGCGUGUCUCGGGGCUCCAGCGUGGCCCCGCCCCCCCCGCGGCGCCGAGCGGCAGCAGGAUGGCAGAGGAGAGCGAGGAGGCCAGGGAGGCCAGGGAGGCCAGGAGGAGGCUGCCCCGCAUCAGGAUGCCCAGAAAGAUCUGGAAGACCAGCCGGCCACAGCCACAGACACACCUGGAGGAGCUGUCGGGCUGUGAGGAGGCUCUCCCGGAGCUCCUGGAGGAGCAGAGCAGGCGGCUGAUCGGCAGGGAGGAGCAGCUGUUUGGGCAGGAGGCUCCGAGUGAGGAGGAGCAGGACGCUCUGCAGAAGGAGCUGGAGGAUCUGCUGCUGCAGGUUUGGACGGCCGUCCACAACAGCUUCAGCGAGUCCCCCGCUGACCUGGAGGAGCUGCGGAGCGCCGUGACCUCCAUCCAGCAGCAGGAGGUGCAGGACCGCCGCUGGCAGGGAGCGGAGGAGGGCCGGGUGCCUGUGUGGCGUCCUCAGAAGUGUCUGAGCACUCACACGCAGCUGCUGCGGAACAUGGUGGUGUCCCGGCUGGACCACGCCACCGUCGAGUCCGGCGGCGCCGAGUCUGCCGGUGCCGACGGCCUGUCCUCCUCGCUGAAGAGGGAGGUGUGUCAGACGGGGAAGCGCCUGAAGGAGGACCUGCUGAGCGUGGCCCGCAGGGUGAAGGCCUGCUACCCUCCGGAGUUGGACAUCGUCAACGUGUACGCCGGACUCUACCAGCAGAGCUUCUCGGCCCGCCUCAUGGAGCUGGCCCGGCCCGGCCUCAGCCCGGACGACUGCUGCUACCUGCUGUUCUGGGUCAACACCUGCUACCCUCAGUGA